CCCCAGGGAGAGGCCCCCGGGCCAGGCGACAGGAGCAUGAGGGCCCGGAGCGGGACGCGGGGCGCGCUGCUGCUGGCGUUGCUUUUCUGCUGGGACCCGACACUGAGCCUAGCAGGCCUUCUUGACUUAGGUGGUCAGGUGCUCCCAGACUCCCUGCCGUCAGCCCCCGCCGAGCAGCUGCCUCACUUCCUGCAGGAGCCUCAGGAUGCCUACAUUGUAAAGAACAAGCCCGUGGAACUACGCUGCCGCGCCCUUCCCGCCACACAGAUCUACUUCAAGUGUAAUGGCGAAUGGGUCAGCCAGAACGACCACAUCACACAGGAGAGCCUGGAUGAGGCCACAGGCUUGCGGGUGCGAGAGGUGCAGAUCGAGGUAUCUCGGCAGCAGGUGGAGGAACUGUUUGGGCUGGAGGACUACUGGUGCCAGUGUGUAGCCUGGAGCUCUUCAGGAACCACCAAGAGUCGCCGAGCCUACAUCCGCAUUGCUUACCUGCGCAAGAACUUCGAUCAGGAGCCUUUGGCAAAGGAGGUGCCAUUGGAUCAUGAGGUCCUUCUGCAGUGCCGCCCACCGGAGGGAGUGCCCGUGGCUGAGGUAGAGUGGCUCAAGAAUGAAGAUGUCAUUGACCCCACUCAGGAUACCAACUUCCUGCUCACCAUUGACCACAAUCUCAUCAUCCGCCAGGCUCGUCUAUCAGACACAGCCAACUACACCUGCGUGGCCAAGAAUAUCGUGGCCAAGCGCCGGAGUACCACUGCCACAGUCAUCGUCUACGUGAAUGGUGGUUGGUCCAGCUGGGCAGAGUGGUCACCCUGCUCUAAUCGAUGCGGCCGAGGCUGGCAGAAGCGAACACGGACCUGCACCAACCCAGCCCCACUCAAUGGAGGUGCCUUCUGUGAGGGACAAGCCUUCCAGAAGACAGCCUGUACCACUGUGUGCCCUGUGGAUGGAGCGUGGACCGAGUGGAGCAAGUGGUCAGCCUGCAGCACGGAGUGCGCGCACUGGCGCAGUCGUGAAUGCAUGGCGCCCCCACCGCAGAACGGAGGCCGUGACUGCAGUGGAACACUACUUGACUCCAAGAACUGCACCGAUGGGCUGUGCGUGCAGAGUAAGAGAACUCUAAACGACCCUAAAAGCCACCUCCUGGAACCCUCAGGAGAUGUGGCGCUGUAUGCAGGCCUCGUAGUGGCUGUCUUUGUGGUUGUGGCAGUUCUCAUGGCAGUGGGCGUGGUGGUGUACCGAAGAAACUGCCGGGACUUUGACACAGACAUCACCGACUCCUCUGCUGCCCUCACUGGUGGUUUCCAUCCUGUCAACUUCAAGACUGCAAGGCCUAACAACCCACAGCUCCUGCACCCGGCCGCCCCUCCAGACCUGACAGCCAGUGCUGGCAUCUACCGGGGGCCUGUGUAUGCCCUGCAGGACUCCGCCGACAAGAUCCCUAUGACUAAUUCACCCCUGCUGGAUCCCCUACCCAGCCUCAAGAUCAAGGUCUAUAACUCCAGCACCACUGGCUCUGCAUCUGGCCUGCCUGAUGGAGCCGACCUGCUGGGUGUCCUACCGCCUGGCACAUACCCAGGCGAUUUCUCCCGGGACACCCACCUGCUGCACCUGCGCAGUGCCAGCCUUGGUUCCCAACAGCUCUUGGGCGUACCUCGAGACCCCAGCAGCAGCCUCAGUGGCACCUUUGGUUGCCUGGGUGGGAGGCUGAGCAUUCCUGGCACAGGGGUCAGCCUGUUGGUGCCAAAUGGAGCCAUUCCCCCGGGCAAGUUCUAUGAGAUGUAUCUACUUAUCAACAAAGCUGAAAGCACCCUCCCGCUUUCUGAGGGGACCCAAACAGUAUUGAGCCCCUCAGUGACCUGUGGUCCCACGGGCCUCCUCCUGUGCCGCCCUGUCAUCCUCACUGUGCCCCACUGUGCUGAAGUCAUCGCCGGAGACUGGAUCUUCCAGCUCAAGACCCAGACCCAUCAGGGCCACUGGGAGGAGGUAGUAACCUUGGAUGAGGAGACCCUGAACACCCCCUGCUACUGCCAGCUGGAGGCUAAGUCCUGUCACAUCCUGUUGGACCAGCUAGGCACCUAUGUGUUCACUGGCGAGUCCUACUCCCGCUCUGCAGUCAAGAGGCUCCAGCUGGCCAUCUUUGCCCCAGCCCUCUGUACCUCCCUGGAGUACAGCCUCAGGGUCUACUGUCUGGAGGACACGCCUGUGGCAUUGAAGGAGGUGCUAGAGCUGGAGCGGACUCUGGGAGGCUACUUGGUUGAAGAGCCCAAGCCUUUGCUCUUUAAGGACAGUUACCACAACCUGCGCCUCUCCCUCCACGACAUCCCCCAUGCCCACUGGAGGAGCAAGCUUCUGGCCAAGUACCAGGAGAUUCCCUUCUACCACAUCUGGAACGGCAGCCAGAAAGCCCUGCACUGCACUUUCACCCUGGAGAGGCACAGCCUGGCUUCCACCGAGUUCACCUGUAAGGUCUGCGUGCGGCAGGUGGAAGGGGAAGGCCAGAUCUUCCAGCUGCACACCACGCUGGCAGAGACGCCUGCUGGCUCCCUGGAUGUACUCUGCUCUGCUCCUGUCAAUGCUGUGACCACCCAGCUGGGACCCUAUGCCUUCAAGAUACCACUGUCCAUCCGCCAGAAGAUCUGCAACAGCCUUGAUGCCCCUAGCUCACGGGGCAACGACUGGCGGCUCUUGGCACAGAAACUGUCAAUGGACCGGUACCUGAAUUACUUUGCCACCAAAACUAGUCCCACGGGUGUAAUCUUGGACCUCUGGGAAGCUCAGCAGCAAGAUGAUGGGGACCUCAACAGCCUGGCCAGUGCCUUGGAGGAGAUGGGCAAGAGCGAGAUGCUGGUGGCCAUGGCUACUGAUGGGGACUGCUGAGUGCUUGUGACCACAGGACAGUGGAGACCAGUAUGAGACAGUACAAGGAGGCCUAGCAGCCUCCCCGUGGGGGUGUCCAGCCUCUGCCAUCCCUGGCUCAUAGCUGGAAUGGUCCCUCACCCCCUCUCCCUGCCGCACCCUCAGACCACCACCAGCCUUAGAAAACCUCUGUGCUCUACUGAUGAGAGGCCGGGAUCCUCUGCCCCACCGUUUCUUGGCUCGCACUGGGAUAGGCUGAGGCCUCUGGGGCAGCCUAAGGCCAGAGGCUUUCCCCCUGUCACAACCCAGCACCCUCAGCCCUGUGACUUUGGGAGCCCACAGGUUUCAAUUCUGUGUUCAUAUUGUCCUUGGCUAAGGACCUCUCUCCUAUCCUGGGUCCUCUUUGAAAGGCUGAGUUGAGUUCAGAGAAACUGCUGUCUCCUGUGUGCAAGGAAAAAAAAAAAAGGAAAAAAGAAAGGAAGGAAGCAAGCAUGAAUGAAUGAAAGAAUGAAUGAAUGAAUGCAAGCUUCAGAACUCAGUGAGCAAAAACCACAAGGGAAAAAAAACAACCAGUUUCUUAGGAAACGCAAAUGAUUUAUUAUCCAGAUAUUUGGAUAGGUCCUUUUUAAGAAAUAAACAUGCAAAAAAGUAAGAAAAGAAAAAAGAGGGGGUAGGGCACUUUUAUUCUCCAGUGUGUUUAAGAGUGGGUAGGUAUGCUUGUGACUUGGGCCACAGGCGAGUGCAUUCAUGGGCACAUGUGUGUACGUAUGUGUGUGUGCAUGGGUGUGGUCAGGGAAAUGCUUUGUUACUCUUGAAUCCAUUGUGGACUGGAUUCUGAAAAUGCCUCAGUUUCUCCAGCUGUGCAAGGAGCCGAUACAGGGUUUCAGCCAUGGCACUGAGUCCUAAAAACGAAGGCAGAAGCUGGGGCCUCUGUUCCUCCAGAGCCCUAGGCAGAUGCCUUUCUGUCUGUGGCCUCCUCUGGGUUUCUGAGAAUAUGCUUGGAGGCCCAGGCAGGCUGUCACCUGGGGAGACCCUUUCAUGUCUCUUGCCCUAGUGAUUCCUGAUCUAGUAAUGUGGCCCACAGGUAAGGCUCCUGCAGAGAGGGAGGGGCCUCCAGGUUCCCUCUCAGGCUGGAUGGCUUUGUGUCUAGGGGGACGCUGCACCCACCCCUGCAACUCUAUCUAGUCUUUGGUUCAGCCAUUCACUCUUCUGCUGGGGUCAGGAGAUAUGAAGGUAGCCUUUCUAAGUAGACAUCUUCACUCUUGGCCAUUGAGGCCAGUUUGGGCACGUCCUGGGCUUUGAAAGUUGGGGCUUCUAAGGGGGAGCAUGUUUCGUUUCAGCGUCUGUGUCCUGGCUUCUCCGCUGCAGCUCCUGAGGCCUGGGGCUCUGAGAUUGGGACCCAGGUAUCCUUGCACCUAGGUUGAACAAUGCCUCAGACAGUGACUCUCAGCUCUUCCUGCCAAAGAUGCCCAUCCCUGUGGGCAUGAUCUUGCUGGUCACUGUUAGCCCAUGCACAGAAGGGGCCUCUGUCCCUUCUGGGAGUCAGAAGACCAGGAUUUAAGUUCUAGCUGUGCUGUGUGACUUAGGGCACAUAACCGCCUUCUCUGGGCUCCAAUGUCCUUUUUAUCCUGGAACUCCGUGAGGCCCCUGGGGCGGGGAGUGUCUUACACUUUUCUGGGCUUCAGAAGGGAAUCAAGUAGAAAGAAGUUGAUUGUGGUCUGUAUGCCCUCCUUUGCCCACCCAUCCUCAGAAACCUGCCUGCCUGGGCCCUGAUGGGAACACUUGGUGAAUAGGUCCCAGUUAGCUGGAGCCUGGGGUAGGGCUCCAAGUGGACAGUUUGGUAGCAGCAACCCAGGUAACAUCUGCCAACUCUGGAUUGAGCCAGGAUUCUUGGGUUGGGUUUUCCACUCCUGCCUUCAGUGAGCUGGAGCCUCCUUUUUCCAUUCUGGCCAGCUUGGUGUUGCCGGGUUCUGCAGGGUAUUUGUGUGUCAUCUUGGGUGUGUUUGUGUGUGUUUGCAAGCCUGCUUGUGUGCGUGCAGCGUGUGUGUGUGUAUGUAUGUAUGUAUGUAUGUAUGUAUGUAUGUAUGCCUGUGCUUUUCAACUUGGGCACAUCAGGGCACCCCUCCCAGAUCACACACACCUGUUUCCGCAUGUGGACAUGGCCUCUGUGCCCAGGAUUGUGCCACUGGAGGUGGGAAUGCCUGUUUGCUGUCCCCGAGUCACAGGGUCAGUCAGUGUAUCUCCUAUGUGCCUCUCCUGCCCUCCUAUGGGGCCCAUGAUUCUGAGCUCUGGCCAGACACCUCCCAAGGGAUGGGGACCCUCCUCAUCCUGAUCUUCCAGGGCCCUCUGGUCCCCAUCUUGACGCUCCCAGGCAUCUGAGUCAGCCCCUUCCACUCACCCUCAGAGGGCAAGUGGCUGCGAACUUGGAUGUGGGGGUGUGAACAUGGCUCUGUGUCCCUGGAUUCCAAUAUGGUGGGGGAUGGUCCCAGGCCCACCCAUUCAUCCUGUAAACAAACUGUAAAUAGCCUUUAGCAUUCCUCUUGUAACGAGAUUAAUUUUUAUGAAAUAAAUUAUAUUUCCUAGUCUAAUAAAAAAGAAAAAACCCA